UUGCGUUGCCGGUUGGAUUGCUCUGUAAUCAGGACCUCGUGAUACCGCCUUCUUGUACACUGAUCGGUUACAUUGUGGUAAAUCUUAUCAGAGGGCUUUUAACAGCAAACCGACACCGCUGCAGAUCUACACACACCGAGGAGGAGAUCAUCAUGACCCAUUUGCUAUGAGACAUCAGGAGCCAUGGCGGCUUGGCACCGGAUAACCGCCCUCUCCUCGCUGCUCCAAGUCGGUUUGUUAUUGUUGCUGUUGUCGGCUCGGAGCAGCGCGAGACCGCUGGACAAAUGUCCCGGCGACAAGCCUUGUCAGCCCCUGAGACCCCCGGUGGUCCUCAUUCCAGGGGAUCUUGGAAACCAGUUAGAGGCGAAGCUGGAUAAACCCAGUGUGGUCCAUUACAUCUGCUACAAGAAGACCGACUCCUUCUUCACUCUGUGGCUCAACCUGGAGCUGCUGGUCCCAGUGGCCAUCGACUGCUGGAUAGACAACAUAAGGCUGAUCUACAACAAGACCACACACAGCACCUCGUCCCCUCCGGGUGUGAACAUCCGUGUCCCGGGGUUCGGAGAGACAUAUUCACUGGAGUAUCUGGACCCAAGCAAGCGCAGUGUGGGCAUGUAUUUCUUCACCAUAGUGCAGGCGCUGGUAGAGUGGGGCUACACCAGAGGUGAUGAUGUCAGAGGAGCUCCCUAUGACUGGAGGAAAGCUCCCAAUGAGAAUAAAGAGUAUUUCCUGGCGCUGCAGCAGAUGAUUGAAGAGAUGGCGGAGAAGGCUGGCGGGCCCGUGGUGCUCAUCGCUCACAGCAUGGGCAACAUGUACACCUUGUACUUCCUCAACCAGCAGCCGCAGGCCUGGAAGGACAGAUACAUCAAAGCCUUCAUCUCUCUGGGGCCGCCGUGGGCCGGGGUGGCCAAGACCCUCCGCGUAGUCACCUCUGGUGAUAAUAACCGCAUCCCAGUGAUCAGCCCGUUGAAGAUUCGCUCCCAACAACGUACCGCUGUCUCCACCUCCUGGCUGCUCCCCUACGCCCACUCCUGGCCCAAAGACCAGGUGUUGGUGCAGACUCCCACCACCAACUACACUGUGCUGGACUACAAGCGCUUCUACUCAGACAUCGGUUUUGAGGACGGCUGGCUGAUGCGGCAGGACACGGAGCCGCUGGUGGCUGACCUCACGCCCCCGGGCGUGGCCGUCCACUGUCUGUACGGCACCGGCAUCCCCACGUCAGAGGGCUUCCAGUACUCUGACAAGUUUCCCGACGUGGAGCCCACGGUGGUGUUCGGUGACGGUGAUGGGACAGUGAACCUCAAGAGCGCCAUCCAGUGCAGGCGGUGGGUGGGAAAGCAGAAACAGCCAGUGAUGUUACAAGAGCUUCCAGGGAACGAACAUGUGAACAUGCUGUUGAACUUCACGACUGUGGCUUACAUAAAGACUGUGCUGUUCUCCCCCUGACGCAGGCAGAAACUGAGGCUGAUGGCUUUAUACACACACACACACACACACACACACACACACACACACACACACACACACGGCCAUAUGAAGGACAGACAGUGUCUGCCAAGUUAUUCCUCUGUACAUGCCUCGUUGCUCAAGGAAAAGUAUUGAAAUUUUGUAAAACAAUUGCAGGAUUAAAUUAAUUUUAAAUUAAUUUUAUAGCUGUAAUUAUACAACUUAUGUUGAUGUCAGGUUGUUUACUGUUAAAAAAGCCUAAAUACAGUGACUUUUAUAAUGGUCUCAGCUUUUAAAGAACCCGAUAUUUUACCUACUAAAUCCACGUUAUUCUGAUAUAUGACGUGUUUGUGCACGUCUAAAGGCAGGGAUAAACUGUAUGUGCCACUUUCCAGAGUUAUUAAUCAAUGACAGAUCUUUUUAUUAAUGUUGUAAAAGAGAUUUCUGAGCUCCUUUGACUUUAAUGUUUUUUCGGCUAAAUAGUUAAGCACAUACUGUUUUUGUAUCUUUCUCAGUGCAACAGGUCACGUUUCCGUGUUUGCUAAAUGUUCAGAACCAAAACAACUUCCUUCUUCUUUUUUGUUAUUUGAUUUCUACUUAACCUUUAGUUUACCUUGUUUUUGCAUGCGGCUGAGCUGUACGUCCCCGAUGGCCUUGAGGGUUUUGUUUUUAUUGUGUUAUUCAUAUUACACGAGUUGUGUGCUGAAGGCCUGGAACUAUGCCUGGAAAAUGUGGAAGUUAAUUUAAGUCACAUUGAAGCCACUCAAAGGUCAAACAAAAAACUGUUUUAGACAAAACUUAACUCAAAGUCCACUUACUAGGCUUUUCAGGAACUCUAAAUCACAUCUCAUGAUCUUAAUCAAUGACAGGAGUUGAAUUUAGUUAGUAAGACUCUUUCUCCAGUCAAACAUUUAAAAAGGGACUCCAGUGUUUUUCAUCCUGGACUCUAUAUUCCCAUGUUUUUGUGUCUAAGUGACCUGUGGGAACAUUUCAUGGUCAAGUAUUGUAAGAAAACUGCUGUGGUAUAACUACUAAAAAUGCAUGUUCGCCCUAUCAAAUUAUAUGAUAUAUUAUGGGUGUCUUACAACAUUACGAAAAGGACCCCUACAGAGAAAUGCUGCAUGUUACCCAGAGUUCUCAUUCCAAACUUUUCCAUGUCUUUUCAAGGACACAAAGAUUUUUUUUUGCCUCACUUGACCAGUGUUAAUCAAACAUGUCAGAUUCUAAUCAAACAUUAUUUGAGCUGGCAUACAGAAGGACGAACCCAGGGAGAAAAUGUUAAAGCGAAUGUGAUGUUAAAACAUUUAUCACAUAGACGCAUUUUUGAGCUGCGUUACGUCGCCAGCUACAUAAAAGUAAUUUGCCGUUAUAUUACAAAGGUUAUUCAUGGAAGAUUAUUGUAACAAUUUCAUUACACACAACAAAAUUCCAAAACGUUUAGUUAUUUUUUACUAAUUCUGUGACUCUUCCAGGCCUGGAAAAUGUAAUUGUGAAAUUCCAUGAUUUUUCCAGGUUUUCCAUGACAGUAGGAACCCCCACCUUCCACUUGUUCCGGUCUGUUUUGUGUCAAUGUCUUCACUUAAGAGGAUGUCUGGUUCUGAAAUCUUGCAGACUUUUCCUCAUUGUUGAAAACAGCUAAAUAUUGAGUCAUGAUAAUGAAAAUCUUUAAGAGAAAGAUACACUUCCAGUCUAUUACCAACACUCCUCUUUCCAACUUCUGCUCGCAUUUUCAGUUUUUUUCCUACAACAAGUCACCUCUUGCAAGAUUUCAGAGCAUUAUUUAUUUAUAUUUUUUUUAGUGAGACUUGAACUCAAAACAGAAUAUAACCAGCUUUAAUCACUUGUACACAGAAACACGUGGAAACAAUGGUCCAGUUUGAAAAAUAAUGGAGCUCCCUUUUUAACAAUUGAGUGUUUGUAAUGAAAUCAAGGUCCAAUUUGUAGCUUUUUUUUGGUGCUUUCAACUGCAUGUCGUGUUUGCUCAGUAGUUGUGGCGAUAGCUCAGUUGUCCUGUCCAAAGUUUAAUGCUUUGGUCAUGUGAUGACAGCUUUAUCCACUGAUAUGCUUCAUGAAAUGAAGGGAAAAGCACCAAUUUUCAUUUUGUCAAACUUUUGUCUUUGAGGUCAAGCUGGAGCGUAUUAUGCACCAUUUCCAAAAAGUUUAAACAAAUCAAAUUCACUUAAAUUUUUGUUCUUGACCUUUGAAAACUGGCCAAAUAGUAGAGACAGGCCAUUUUAUAAACAAUUGACAUCAGUGAUUUUGCAUUUGUCUAUUAUUUCAAAUUAAAUGACCUGCUUCAUCAAGCUCUGUCUCUUCACUUCCCAUGUCCUGCAGAGAACAUUUUGAUGGAUCUGUGUGUAUUUUUGUGCCCCGGUUUGGUCUGAACCAGCUGCCUUAAAGGACUGGAUUCACACAGGCACAAAUUAGUGGACUUUUUUUGUUUUAUAGUAUAAAUUUGAUGUUUCCUUUACUGUUUAUUAUUUGUUAUUUCCUCUGUUUCAACAGACUUGAAAAGUUCCAAGUGCAGAGUUUAAACCCCGAUUCCUUGUCCUCGUGGACGUGCAGAAUCUCUCUGACCUGAGUGAUUGUACUGUGCCAACCAAGAUGAUAUAAUCUGAGUAUCAUAUCUGCUGUGAACUAUCAUAAAUGUGUGUUAUAAACAUGUGUUGCCUUCUAGAGAGUAAAAUAUUUCAAAUAUUACAAUCA